AUGUCUUCAUUAAAGAUGUCUGCUUAUAAGUUAAGAAAGCAGAGAGAGAAUAGAAGAGGUGAACGCCUUAACGUUUUACUUGUUGGAGAAAACGGCAUUGGAUUGAAGUCGUUUAUAAAUACCAUCUCUUUAACACAAAUCAAUGCACCACCGCCUGAUUACACAAUCAACACUCCACAUGCCAACGAUCAUCAAUUCAAGUUAGUAACCAAUUUUACUGAUAUUGUAGAUUCAGAUACCGUUCCAUUGAAGCUUCGUAUAACGUCAACGGUCAAUUAUGGACAUGAGUUGCAAACAACUCAUAUUCCUGAUAAGAUCGCCAACUACAUUGAACAGCAAUUGAAACGAGUUCUUGAUGAGGAAUUAAAGAUCCACCGUAACCCAAGGUUUGAAGAUACAAGAAUACAUGUGGCUCUUAUGUUUAUUAGAGCCACGGGUAGAGGAUUAAGUCAAUUGGAUUUAGCCACUAUGAAACGAAUUGGAAGUUUGGUUAACAUCAUUCCUAUUCUUUCCAAAGCUGAUACCCUAACCAUUGAGGAAAUCAACUUAAAUAAGCGUUUGAUUCAAAACGAUAUAAAGCAACAUAAUAUUCUGCUAUACCAGUUUUCCCCUACCAGUAUCAAAGAAAAGGUUCAAGAUGAUGAAUCUGAACUGAUUCCCGAUCGUGACGAAUUGGAUUAUGUGGUUACUUUACAGCGAUCUGUUCCCUUUACCGUUAUUAACCGCUGUGAGUCAUCUAAAUCCACAGAUUUGCUGGAAGCUACUCGCAACACAAGAUGGGGACUGAUUCCUAUUGGCGAUCCCAACUUGUGUGAUCUCAGUAUGUUGCGAAAUUGUCUUUUAACAUCGCAUUUGCGAGAACUCAAGGACAUCACAGUUCAAGAGCUUUACGAAUCAUAUCGAGAACUCCAGUUAACCGAACAUCUUCCUGAAAAUACAGCCAUAGGUUCGGAAAUUGGUGAUUGUAGGCCAUCAAGCGUAUUCGGAAACAAUACCCUCAACUCCUUGGCAGAGUAG